CCGGCACUUUGCCCUCCUCGUCGCCGUCCACAUCAUGCAGGCUAUCAAGCGCAUCCCCAGAGCAGCGGCGUCGCGCGCACCGAGGCGCGCGCCCGCCCCGCGCCCCCUUCACACCUCGACCUCUGUCGCCGCCCCACCAAAAUCCCCCAACAAGCCGUUUUUCCCCUGCGUCGAGGCGCACAAAACUCGCUCAGAUCGGCUCAUGGCGACGUCGGUAGCGCUCCCCUCAUCCCACAGCCAGCCGCGCGAGGCUCCCGGCACUGAAUCCGGUCCUGAGCCAGCGUACUCUCGCCCCAGCCCCACGUCCUAUCACACCUACCACCACAAGUCGCCGAUGAAGCUCACUUACGGCGAGGAGCUUCCUCAGUUCGACAUCGCAUACGAGACGUGGGGGACGCUCUCCCCGAACAAGGACAACGUCAUCCUUCUACACACCGGCCUCUCUGCCUCCUCGCACGCCGCAUCAACGCCCAUGAACCCCACACCAGGCUGGUGGGAAAAGUUCAUCGGGCCACGGAAGGCGCUCGAUACGAACCAGUACUUCAUCAUUUGCACGAAUGUGCUUGGUGGGUGCUAUGGAUCGACGGGCCCCUCAUCGAUCGAGCCGUCCACCGGCCAGCACUACGGCACACGAUUCCCCGUGAUCACCAUCUUCGACAUGCUUCGCGCGCAGUACCACCUCCUGGACCACCUUGGCAUCGACAAGCUCUACGCUAGCGUGGGCUGCUCGAUGGGUGGCAUGCAGUCAUUGGCAGCUGCCUGGCUUCACCCCGAGCGCGUGGGCAAGGUCAUCAGCAUUAGCGGUACUGCCAGGAGCAGUCCAUCAGCUAUCGCGAUGCGCUUUGCGCAGCGAAGUGUUCUCAUGGCCGAUCCCAAUUGGAACAACGGCUUCUACUACGACCGUCUUCCCCCACACGCUGGCAUGAAGCUCGCACGCCAAAUUGCCACAAUUACGUACCGCUCAGGCCCUGAGUGGGACCUCCGCUUCGGACGCAAAGUGCGCCCGACGCCCCCCAACCAGCCCUUCGCCAGCCCUCCCGAGCCAGGCCAGCCGCGCAAGCCUGCGCUCUGCCCCGACUUCCUCAUCGAAACCUACCUCGACCACCAGGGCGAGCAGUUCUGCCUCAAGUACGACGCGAACUCGCUCAUCUACGUUUCGAAGGCGAUGGAUCUGUUCGACCUCACCCAGUCCACGCUGGAGGAGCUCAACAUGGUACCUCCGCCGCCGGCCACGUCGCCCGAGCAUGUCAACCCGGACAUUGCCGCGCAGGACGUGCCGCAUAAGACCUCGCACUCGAAGUCGCACCCACCACCGCCCAAUCCGCCGCAGCACCUCGAGGAUCUCGCAGCGGGCAUGGCGCCGCUCGCCAACACGCCGACGCUCAUCCUCGGCGUGCAGAGCGACAUCCUCUUCACCGUCGAGCAGCAGCGCGAGAUGGCUGAUGCGCUCCGGAUGGCGGGCAACGAGUGGGUGAGCUACUACGAGCUUGGCGGCGUCUGGGGUCACGACACGUUCCUCCUGGACGUGCAGAACGUCGGGGGCGCGAUCAAGGGCUUCUUGUCAUCAUAGUGCAAGGGCUUCUUGGGAUUCCUGUCGUCAUAAUGACCUUCAUGUUAUUUAACUUCGCACAUCAUGGUCUUUCAUUUAUUCUUCAUGGCAUACUGUACGGCACUUUCGGCAUCCAACAUGUACAUUACGAGCAGUUGUAGCACACCUUACGAACGGAAUAAUAGAGGCAAAAAAUGGAAUACUCUCUUAGCGCGAAGUUAGAAGAGUGCACGAAUCCGAAUGACUUUGCUGCUUAGUUUCCUGCGUAAAGCAGUUACUUGCGGGUCGACUUCUCCU